AUGGCUGAGGUCCUUUUUGCUACAUUAGGUCAUGCUCUGGCCCAGAUUAAAUAUUCAAGGUCUUUGUGUGAUGGGUACAGUGCUCUCGCCAACAGGGUGAACGGUCCUAAAACCUGCCCGACUUUCUGUAAGUGUGGAGAACAUCAACCCCACAGAGUAACACAGUGCAAGAAGGGCAAGCGGCAUCAUGGCAGGAAGCAGAGUGGCUACGGUGGGCAGACUGAGCCGAUUUUCCACAAAAAGACUAAAACUACAAAGAAGAUUAUGCUGGGACUUGGAUGCGUUGAGCCCAACUGCAGAUCUCAGAGAUUGCUGGCUAUUAACAGAUGCAAGCAUUUUGAACCGGGAGGAGAUAAGAAGAGAAAGGGCCAAGUGAUCCAGUUCUAA